UUCAGAUUCUCACCUUCUCUACUUCUCUCAGAGAUCAAAUUAACCUACUUCUGUCAGUCUUCCUCUUCAAUUUCAGGCAAUCAAUCAAUUGAUAUAAUAUUCAAUUUGGUGGGUUUUGAUUUAGCAGUGGAUUGAAGAUUUCGUGGUCAGAUGAACAUUGCGGUCGAAAUCAAUUGCUCUGGUAUGCUAUGAAACUGAGAGUGAACGAGGAGUAAGAAAGAAUUGCUAUUUUCCUUUACAGAUUGUAAUGUUUUCCCUGUUUUGGGCACCCAAAAGUCCAAAACAUAUGUGGUGAGCUUGAUUCAAUGACUCCGUCGCUCUCACACUGAGACAGAAAAUGCAGAGUGGCAUAGCAGCCGCAGAAACAGUUGGUCACAACGAAGACCUCCUCAAACAGCUCCUCCUGCGCUUACCAGCUCGAUCACUCAUCCGCUUCAAAUGCGUCUCCAAACUUUGGCUCUCUCUCAUCUCCAGCCCCAAAUUCUGCGAAUCUCACACCCUCCAAAACCCAAUCCCUAAAUUCUCCUCCGCCACAACAGACGCCACAACUUGGUUCAUCUCUCUCCUUCCUAACCCCAAUCUCAACUUCAUCCCGGACCCACAAGGCCUCAUGAUUCUUCAGUCCUGCAAUGGCUUGCUUCUGUGUACUUCUCCCGCAGAUAAAUUCACAAUCUCCAGACAAUUCAAAUUCUAUGUUGUCAAUCCCACAACUAGCCGAUUCUCGGAAAUAGCUCUUCCACCUCCCUCUCCUACUAAACCCGAACCCGCAAGGCUCUUGAGUGUUGCUUUGGCUUUUGAUCCUUCCAAAUCGCUUCAUUAUAAGCUGGUUUGCGUUUCUGGCUCCAGUACCGUCUCAGUCCAUCGGGAGAUUGAGAUUGAGAUAUAUUCGUCUGAGACUCGAACCUGGAGGGCUUGUAAGUCUGCUCAUAUGAGGUUUCCAACAAUUGGUGAGUUCCUACCUGGUGUAUACUGCAAUGGGAGGAUUCAUUGGUUCAGCAGAUUUUGUUGGUUGGUUCACUAUGACAUAGAUGAAGGGCAUUAUGGAGUGGUGGGUCUUCCUGGUCACGAUUUUUCGGUGGAAAGGGAAUGCAUUUGUUUUGGGGAGUCUGGUGGCCGUUUGCAUCUUAUUGAGAUGUAUGGGAAUGGGAUUGGUCUAAACAAGCUUCAUGUGCUGGAGAUGGGGAAGGACUACUCUGGCUGGUUUGUCAAGUACCGGGUUGAUCUUAAUCUCAUGACAGCCUUUCCUUAUACUCCUGCUGCAUCCUGUCAUCCAUUUUUCUUUCUUGAUGUAGAGGAAAACGAGGAACAGAAUCCAGUUAUUGUGCUGCGCAUAGGUGAUAAGUUCAUCUCCUAUAACAUCAGGGAUAAGAGCUGUAAGACACUUCGUGAUUUGUUCUCACAUCCAGUAAUUGGAUGGAGAGAUGCCUAUCAAUAUAUGGAGACUUUGGCUUGUGUGUAAAUGGUAAUUGUAUUCCGAUC